UAGGAAGCCAUUGGAAAAAGGCCAAAAACAAAUUCAAAGUUGAUUUUGACAAAGUAAAUAGAGGGAGAUAAGAAAAGAAGGAAAGUGCAAAAUACAGAGAAAAAGAAAUGGAGAAGCAAACAGAUAGUACUAAAAAGGAAUCAGAAAACAGUAAAUUAGAAGGAUUGCCUGUGGAUACAAGUCCUUACACACAGUAUAAGGAUUUGGAGGAUUACAAGAAACAGGGCUAUGGAACACAGGGCCAUCAACAACCAAAUCCUGGCCGUGGUGCUGCCAGUUCCACUGAUGCCCCUACACUCUCUGGUGGUGGUGGAUCUGCCUCUGCUAACUCUCAGCUUUCUGCUACUGAUACCGUCAAUCGCCAGGGUGUCCCUUAAUUUGCUUGCUUAGUUGCGAGAGAGUCGAAUCUAGAACAAGUUUAAUACGUAUGCAUAUAAUAAGAAAGAUCACGCUCGUUCUGAAUUAGUGAUUCGAGAUCUUAGAGUCGUCUCUGCUCGGUGGUGUUUGUAUUUUUCUUUAUGUUUCAUUGUCUUGUAACUUAUUACAUCUAUCAAGAAAAUGUAACACGCAAGUUUAAAAGUUCUUAUUUAUGUUUUCAUGA